CGCGGCGCAGCCCCGGAGCGAACUGAGGCUCGGCCGCCACUGCCGCUGGAGGCGCGAGGUGCGGAGCGCGCGACGCCCGCGGGAGAUAAAGCAUUCCGAUGGCAGAUAACAGUUUUUCAGAUGGAGCUCCUGCAGAUUCCGUGGAAGCUGCAAAAAAUGCAAAUAACACAGAAAAGCUCACGGAUCAGGUGAUGCAGAAUCCACAAGUUUUGGCAGCUUUACAGGAACGACUUGAAAAUGUCUCUCACACUCCCUCCAGCUACAUUGAAACCUUACCCAAAGCAGUCAAAAGGAGAAUCAAUGCUUUGAAACAGCUGCAGGUGAGGUGCGCACACAUAGAAGCCAAGUUCUACGAGGAAGUCCACGACCUUGAGCGGAAGUAUGCUGCACUCUACCAGCCUCUGUUUGACAAGAGAAGAGAAUUCAUCACUGGUGACGUGGAACCCACAGAUGCAGAGUCAGAGUGGCACAGUGAGAAUGAGGAGGAGGACAAGUUGGCUGGAGACAUGAAAAGUAAAGUAGCCAUAGCUGAAAAAGAAGAAGCAGCAGCAGAAGAGCCAAAUCCCAAAGGAAUUCCAGAGUUCUGGUUUACCAUCUUCAGAAACGUGGACAUGCUCAGUGAGCUCGUACAGGAAUAUGAUGAACCAAUCUUGAAACACCUGCAAGAUAUUAAAGUAAAAUUUUCGGCCCCUGGACAGCCCAUGUCUUUUGUGUUAGAGUUCCACUUUGAGCCCAAUGACUACUUUACUAAUCCUGUUCUGACAAAAACAUACAAGAUGAAGUCAGAGCCAGACAAGGCCGAUCCCUUCUCCUUUGAAGGUCCUGAAAUCGUGGACUGUGACGGGUGUACUAUCGACUGGAAGAAAGGGAAAAAUGUGACAGUCAAGACUAUCAAGAAAAAGCAGAAGCAUAAGGGCCGGGGCACCGUCAGAACUAUUACUAAACAGGUGCCCAAUGAGUCCUUCUUCAACUUCUUCAACCCAUUGAAAGCCUCUGGGGAUGGAGAAUCACUGGAUGAAGAUUCAGAGUUCACUUUAGCCUCUGAUUUUGAAAUUGGACACUUCUUCCGAGAGCGGAUAGUGCCGCGGGCCGUGCUCUACUUCACGGGGGAGGCCAUAGAGGACGAUGACCAUUUUGAAGAAGGCGAGGAAGGAGAAGAGGAGGAGUUGGAAGGUGAUGAGGAAGGAGAAGAGGAAGAAGAUGCUGAAAUUAACCCUAAGGUGUAAUUUUUGUUAAUCAUUCAUGCGUUCUAGAAAGAAGCCGGCCAGCCAGCAGAAUGCAAGCAGCAGUGAGGAGCAGCGGGCCUGCCGGCGCCUGGGGCGGCCCUGCAGCGGCCCGCACGCGGCGUGCUGACAUCUAACCCUUCCAAGUGCAUGACUUCACUUUCACCCUUCCUUUCCUUCUUACUUUGCUUAACUUGUACAGUGGCGACGGAACUGCAUUUCAGAAGUAGCAGGCUUAGUUCUAGCGCCUCUGCAGCCUUGGACCUCCCUGGCCCUGCCCUUGGGAGGCCGAGACCAUGCGGGGAGGGCGGGGAGGCAGGGGUCGUGCCUGGGCAGAGCAGUGUGCUUGGUGCUGCAGCCUCCACUGCCCCCGUUGUUCGCAGCUGCUGACUGCUGCGGGUGGGCCAUCCCCGGAGAGCUGGUAGUGUGGCCACGUUCUCCUGGUUUCUGGGGUGCGCUCUGGGGCCAGAGCCGGGGGGCUCCGCCUUGGCGUUUACCUGGUGACUGAGGGAAAGGAUGGAUGAGAGCGCUCUGACCCGCUUUGCAGACGGGCGGGGCUGGAGCCAGGGCCUGCGCCUCCGCGCUGGGGGUGGCGCUGCCCCGUGAGGUGGCUGUUCUGUGUGAGCCUCUAGUCUCCUUUCCUCAGUGUCCCCUGUUUGACCCCACCCUGUCCUGUCUUCAGCCCUGGGUUUGGUGUGGCCUGUUGCGGCGCGUGUGUGGGGUUUGAGUGUGUGUUGGUGGUUGCGGGGACAGCAGGUCCAGCCGGCAGCAGGCAUUUAGAGUGCGCAGCCUUACCUGAUAACGCAUUUGUAACUGAAUACGGUGUUUUCAAUUUGUACAGAAUAGUUAGAAUAUUCUAUUAAAGUUGUGAAACAUGA